AUGUCAGAAUACCUGGCGACAGCCCUGGUUGGGUUCGGUGGAGAGAUUCAGUAUUCUGCAAAGCCCCCUUGGACUCAGAUGCUGGCUGUUGUCGACAUAGACCUACCACAAAAGGUCAUGGACCGGCCCCAGCCAGGACCAACAGUCUUCACAGAUGCAUCCUUGACAACCUCCACUGCAGCUGCAAUGUGGCAAUCAGAGGACGAGUGGCACUGCGUCAAAGCGACUGAUCGUACUCUCUCAGUCCAGCAACUGGAAGUAGCAGCUGUAGUACUGGCAUGUGGACUGUUCCAAACAGAGCAUCUUAACAUCGUAACUGAUUCAAUGUUUGCAGCCAAGCUUUGCCUGGCUAUGUCAGGACCCGGCAUAUCGACAUCUACAGCAGCUCUAAUGCUAGAAGAAGUGCUCUCCUCUCGAAAAGGUACCAUAUCAGUCAUCCAUGUUAACAGCCACAGUCCAAUCAAGGGGUUCUUCCAAGUCGGCAACGACAAAGCAGAUGCUGCCGCAAAAGGAUUGUGGACCCUACAAGAAGCUCGUCAGCUACACGAAACCCUGCACAUCGGAGCCAAAGCACUAGCAAAGAGAUGUGAAAUCUCAGUUGCUGAUGCAAAACAUGUAGUAGCUUCCUGCCCCCACUGCCAAAAAGCACCACUGUGGUCCUGUGGAAUCAACCCCAGAGACCUAAAAGCCUCAGAGAUAUGGCAAACAGGCUUUACAUUGUGCCAGCUGUUAAAACCCCAAGCAUGGCUUGCAGUAACAGUAGAUACGUACAGCGGAAUGAUUAUAGCCACGCAGCACCUGAAAACCAACUCCAAAGCAACUAUCCAGCAUUGGCUAACAGCCAUGGCUUGGCUCGGCAUCCCCAAGCAAAUCAAAAUGGACAAUGGUGCAAAUUUUAUCUCAAAGCCGAGCCAGGAAUUCGCCUCCAAAUGGGGAAUCACUCUAGUGCAAGGCAUCCUGUACAAUAGCACAGGACAAGCCAUCGUUGAGCGAGCAAACCAAACCGUAAAAGCCAAACUGGAAGUGUUGGCAAAGUCAGAAAGCUUUAACAAUUCCAUUCCCCAGGCAGACCAGGCGUGCUUGCUAGCAACUGCACUGUUAGCACUGAACCAAUUCCCUAGAGGAAAUGAAAUAAACAGUCCCUCCCAAAAACACUGGGCCACUCGAGCUCUAGAAGAGGGCCUGCAGGUCAUAAUCAGAAAUGAGUUAGUGGAGUGGGAGCAAGCACUUGUUAACAGCGAGCAGGUUGGUGCAGAAUAUAACCCCCAUCAACCAUUCAGGUGGAUCUUACGCCGUGCCUCGAAUGAAGUGAUCAAAGAAGUAGUCACAGCAGGCACCCCAAAGUUCUUUGUGCUCAUUCGAGACAUUUUUCCUGGUAUUGUAACUCAUAACACCCACCCUCGCUUUGAGCUGUACCAGUCAUACUGGUGCUCAGCCACCAACCCAGGCAAAGACUACUGCCACCAACCAGGGUAUUGGUUUUGUGGCUAUUGGGGAUGUGAAACAAUAGUCCUGAGUAACAGGUGGGCACCACCAAAAGCAGACGAGUUUCUGCAGGUAGCCUGCGGUCUGGCAGGCUGUAUGCAUCCCAGUUUCAGCUCUAUAGGGCAAGUGUUUUAUGGCUUUUAUGAUGACCAAUUUAAAGUCUGUCAUCAAAUGAUCAUGCAGGUUCUGCAGCCAGCAGAUGUGGGCUGGAUCACCGGAAGAAUGUGGUCGGUAUUCUUGCACAAACCUGGUAAAAAUCCUGGUGAAGUAGUACAAAUUAUCCAGCUCCCAGUUAUAACACCUGAAGCAGUUGGCCCCAACCUUGUAGUACAAGCUGAGAACCCACGAUCUAAUAGUCUAUACCCACUGCAUAAGCAAGAAGCUUCUCCCCAAAGAUCUGAAGCCGCUGCUUUCAAUUUGCUCUAUCGAAUGUUAGAUGCCACCUUUUUACCUCUAAAUCAAUCCAACCCUAAUGCCACAGAAUCCUGCUGGCUGUGUUAUGACACACAGCCCCCUUACUAUGAGGCUGUGGCCCUUAAUAACCGGCCGCUGUGGGUUAAUGCAGAAGCCCCAGUGCAGUGCCACACUGCUAUCAUCCCCAGGGUCCUAUACCACUCCAAAGAAGAAGUGAACCAGUACCUUGAACAAGCAGACCGCCUCCAGAAAAGAGAGCUGUUGACAGGACUGUCAAUAGCAAUGCUGCUUGGCUUGGGAGCGACCGGUGCAGCCACAGGUGUCUCUGCCCUGGUAACCCAGAGUCAGAGUCUCUCUCAGCUACAAAUGACUGUAGAUGAAGAUAUACAGAGAAUUGAGAAAUCCAUAUCCUUUCUAGAAAAAUCAGUCUCCUCACUCUCUAAAGUUGUUUUGCAGAACAGGCGAGGUCUCGACCUUCUAUUCAUGCAGCAAGGAGGCCUCUGCAUCGCCCUGAAAGAAGAGUGCUGCUUCUACGCAGACCACACCAGAGUAGUGAGAGACACCAUGGCAGAGCUACGAGACAGGCUGUCUCAAUGGAAAGCAGAGAGAGAAGCUCAGCAAAGCUGGUUCCAAUCCUGGUUCGAUCAAUCUCUGUGGCUAACCACCCUGGUGUCUACCCUGAUUGGACCAGUUGUGAUGAUUUUACUCGUGCUAAUCUUUGGACCAUUUGAUCUGGUGAACCUGGACUUGCACUCAGAAUUCCAAUGA